CAUCAUUGAACGACACACACGACAGCCAGCAGCGGGAGGUCUGCACGACUUGAAAACAUAGGCAAGAUGUCUCAAUCACUACGUCCCUACCUCCAAUGCGUCCGCUCAAGCUUAACUUCCGCCCUCUGCCUCUCGAACUUCGCAUCCCAGACCUCCGAACGACAUAACGUCCCUGAAAUCGAAGCGCAAACCUCGCCCGAAGUCCUGCUCAAUCCUCUAAUCGUCGCGCGGAACGAGAACGAGAGAGUCCUCAUCGAGCCGAGCAUAAAUAGCGUGCGGAUCAGCAUUAAGAUCAAGCAGGCUGAUGAGAUUGAGAAUAUCCUUGUUCACAAGUUUACGAGGUUCUUGACGCAGAGAGCGGAAGCCUUCUUUAUUUUGAGGAGAAAACCGAUCAAGGGAUAUGAUAUCUCGUUCUUGAUUACGAAUUUCCAUACGGAGGAGAUGUUGAAGCAUAAAUUGGUGGACUUUAUCAUACAAUUCAUGGAGGAGGUCGAUAAGGAGAUUUCGGAAAUGAAGCUUUUCCUGAACGCUCGAGCGAGAUUUGUGGCAGAAUCGUUCUUGACUCCUUUUGAUUAAGCAUGGCAUUGCAUGGGGAAAAGUACAAGUGAACGCUGGCUGUCAAAAUUCUUGGCAUCAACGUAAGACAGGCGUUCAAGGCUGAGAAAAUGAAUAUAUGACACGAAAGAACAAAUUUCGAAGUUACCACAUAUCAUCUCCUUGUGCGACAUCGAAGUCUUGCUUCUCGGUUCGAGUGAACAUGGGCAUCUCGUUCUGGACAUCACAUGUGGGACAUUCAUUCAUCAAGUAAUGGAAUUUUGGCACGAAUGUGAUGAUUUCAAUACAGAGCACUGUCCCAUCAGUGCUAUCCCAGUACGAAGUAAACAAUAGUC